UGCCGGCCGUGACCGACGACGAUUAGUCUGUACGUCGUCGUCAUCGUACAUGGAUGAUCGUUCGUGGUUAUAUAGUCGCGUGAGGUUAUUCAUGUGUGUGAAAAGUGUUCGCCCGCCAACAAAAAAAAGGGAAAGGAAACAGGAAAUUGGAUAGGUGAAGAGAGGUUGGUUGGGAUGAGCAAGUAAAAGGAAGAAAAGAUCAUCGUUUUAAACAUACGCACAAACAGCAUAUACACAUACAGCACACAUAAAUAAAUUGAAAUGGCAUCAGCAGUCUCCUGUCGUGUAAUGUCCCUUACAAGAUGGUACGACGUUUCGACACGCGUUUUCACCGUCUCCUCGGCCUUAGUUACAUCACGUAAUUUCCAAAACGAAACCUGGUGCAAAAGAUGGUGGCAACUUUCGCAAAGGAACAUAUCGAUAUCAGCGAGAUCGUUCGAGCCAAAUUUAAGUACGAUUCUCAUGAAGAACAACACUCAAGCAUCGACUAUUAAAAAGGACGUAAGGGAAAAACCAUCUACGACAUCCGUCACCGAACCAACCGCUUUCGGAGCACGGAGUGUUAGAGAAAUGAAAAAAAAAGAUCGAAAGAGUCCGAUAGAGAGGAGUAAGCGACUUUCCAUGCCACCGACGAGAAUGUAUUUUAAAGUUCCUAACGUUACCGUGACAUAUCAAAGGGGACUGCCAAAUAUUACUUUACCUCUGCCAUCGAGAAAGGAAUACUGUAUAUUCGCAUUGAAGCCAAUUACUUGUACAGUCGGUGACUUCAUCGAUAUGAUCAAAAAUGAAGAUCGUGGGAUUGAUCGAGCGAUCAUUACAACGAUAGAUGGUAUCCGGAUAGGUUCGAGCAACACGAUAGAGAAUCUCUUACAACGUGAAUUUAAAUUAAUAAUAAAUGAUAUGGAAUACAUCGUGCAACCACCAUUAUAUCAAAAACAUACGAUGGAAACUAUGCAGAAGCUAUCGGACGUGCAAAUAUUGGUGGGGCAACUCUACGAGAACUUACAAGUACGUGAAUAUCAUGCUGACAUGGAGAGACAAGUUAUAGCAGAGUUGGAAGAUAUCAAAUUGCAGUUGAAACCGUACGAACAAAAGCUGCAAGAGUUGGAAAAUGCAGCUAUCAGAAGGGCAAAUUUCAAUGCUUGGAUAGCGUUAGUGUUGAUGUCAGUACACGCUGGUGGUUUUGCGAGACUAACUUGGUGGGAAUAUUCUUGGGAUAUCAUGGAACCUGUUACUUAUUUCGUUACUUAUGGAACUGCCGUUGGUUGGUUCAUUUAUUUCCUUCUGACGCAGCAGGAAUACGUGCUGCAGGACGUAGUGAACAGGCGACGUUUGAUAGAACUUCACAAAAGAGCGAGGCAAAUCGGAUUGGAUAUUGAGGCGUAUAAUCGUUUGAAGGAUCGAGCAUACGAUUUGGAGAGUACAUUGAAAGUGAUUCGAGGUCCUUUAUACGAACGAAGACUACAAAUGGAAGAGAAGAAACGAAGAUAUAGCUCUAGCAGUUCGAGAUCGCCUAGUUCCUCACCUAGUCCUAGUCCUAGUCCUAGCCCUAGUCCACAAAGAGACGUUCCUGAAAUGGGAAUUAAAAUUGAAAAACAGGAAACAUCGAAGACACUCGACAAAUUUAGAUAAGUUAUCGUGAAUUACCAAUUUCAGUCAGGGUUAUUAAAAAAAAGGAAAAGAAAAAAAAAGAAACAACACCGAACGCUUAAUCACGUAACAAACGUCAACGAUCAUUGUUAAUGAACUGAACAAACAUUUAAUCCUAUAUUAAAAGAAAGAAGAAGAAAAAGAAGAAGAGGAAGAAGAAAAGUUAAAAGAAACAACAACAAAAAAGGAAAAGAUAAAAUACUCUUGAGUGAUAACUAUUAUUGAUCAUUUAGGACGAAUACCUCGAGGAAAUCGAAGCUGAGUACGAAGAUAUUUAAUAAUACGUGACUACUACUUCUAGUUUUCUUUUUAUCUUUUCUUUUUCUAGAUUAUUUGUUUUUUUUUCUUUUAUUGAAAAAAGAAAAAGAGAAAACUAAUACGACUGGUGGUGUCUUCGUCGCAGUCUUCCGAGUAUGUCGUUAGAACAAUAAACGACGUUCCUCAACUCAACGAUUUUAGUAUAUUAUUAAUUAUUAAUUAUUAUUAUAUUAUAUAUAUAAGAAAAAGGGCCUGCACAAUGGUCGAUACUGUCGGUUGUGAUAGGUUCGAAUGAAUAAUAAGAGAUAACAAAGAGAACGAAAUCUUACGCGAUUCGGUCUUCCGUCUGUUUUCGUCUCGUGCGAAUUAUAUUAUUAAAAAUGUUUAAUCAGUCGACCGACAUUCUCUUCUUUCAUGAUGCAUCGAAACCUCCAUAGAGGAGGAGGGGGGAAGGAGGUGAAAAAAGUAUAUACAAAUGAAUUUUUAUUAUAGUUGAAAGACUUUUCAAUCUUUUAGCUUCUAAUUUUAGCACAAAAAAGCAAAUAGGCUUUAUAAUAUAAUUAUUAUUUAUUAAAAAUUCCUUUUAAAAUAUAUAUAAAUAUAUUCCUUUGAUUUCGUACGAUUAUCUUUAGACUACAAUUUAUAGUUAUAUUAUUCUUUAAAUCUUAAAUAAUUAAAAUAUUUGUAAUUAAAUAAUUGAAUCUACGAUCAGCUACGUAACAUGCACAAAUACCGUAAUCGUCAUAUUUAAUUACACGUUUAUAUUCCUAAAAAUUUCAUUAGCGUUUAAUUUCAAACGAUUAUUUACAUUACCGUUGAUCGUCGAUUUCUAAUGAACGAUGAGGCACUACGAAUUUCUACAAAGCGAAUCUCACAUAUACUUAAGAACCAUUUAAUUAAAUGUGUACGUACUUAUUUAUAUUUUUUAUCAAAUGACAGACACAUUAUAUUUAUUUUUUCUGUUGUUUUCUUCUUCCCCGUCGAAUCGCGCUUACUAAGUUAAUAUUUCAUUGAUAGUAAUUACAUAAUAGAAAAAAAAAGAAAAUAAUAAGAAAGGUAAAGAAAAGAAAGAAGUGUUAAAUAUUAUACGAACUUGUUGAUAAUUACACGUGUACACGUUAUUUCUAGACAGUAAGUGUUAAUGUUAGUAUUGGACGAUUUCGAUUAAGAAUAACCGGCUUCAUAUUGAUUA